AUGGCCCACCACUCAGACUCCGAGGACGAUGAUUACUCCUAUGAAGAUGAUGAUGAUGAUUCCGAGUUCGAUGAGGAAGAAGAAGAACCGAGAAACUCACGGAAGAAGAGGGGAAGAUCAAAUCCAGAUUCCGCCGCUGCGCGUGGCAAGAAAAGAAAGCCUUCCGGUUCCAUAUUCAUAGAGGAUGACGUCAUCGUAGAUGACGACGAAGAAGAUGAUGAAGAUGUCGAGGACGGUUUCAUUGAACAUGGUGAAGCUGACCAUCGUGGUGAGGAAGUUGUUCACAGGCAGUUUCACGAGCCCACGUUUCGUUCUCGUGUGGGUGCUGAAGAGUAUCUUGAUUUUAUGCAAGAAAAGUAUUCUAAGCCACGUGCACAAUACGACGACGAUGAUGAUUAUGAAGGAGGAGAAGAGCUUACAGCCGUUGAUCAACAAGCUCUUCUGCCGUCAGUCCGUGACCCGAAGCUGUGGAUGGUGAAAUGUGCGAUUGGUCGGGAAAGAGAGGUUGCUGUUUGUCUUAUGCAAAAAGCCAUAGAUAGAGGAUCUAAUUUCAAGAUCAGAUCUGUUAUAGCGCUUGAUCAUCUUCAGAACUAUAUAUAUGUUGAAGCGGAUAUGGAAGCUCACGUUAAAGAGGCUAUCAAGGGCAUGCGGAGUAUUUUUGCAAAUCAUAAGAUUUUACUUGUUCCUAUAAGAGAAAUGGCUGAUGUUCUUUCUGUCAAGAGUAAAACAGUUGAGCUAGCUCGCGAUACAUGGGUUAGAAUGAAACUUGGGAUAUACAAGGGCGAUCUAGCUCAGGUGGUUGAUGUUGAUGAUGUACGUAGGAAGGUCACAGUCAAGUUAAUCCCAAGAAUUGAUCUGCAGCAUCUAGCCGAUAAGCAGGAAGGAAGACCGAUUGUCAAGAAGAAAGCUUUUGUUCCACCUCCACGCUUCAUGAACGUGGAUGAGGCAAGGGAACUUCACAUACGUGUUGAGCGCCGACGUGACCGGAUGACGGGUGAUUACUUUGAAAAUAUAGAUGGUCUACUUUUCAAAGAUGGGUUCCUGUACAAACAAGUAUCAACGAAGUCGAUUUCUACUCAGAAUGUUACACCAACCUUCGAUGAACUUGAAAGAUUUAAGAAAGCGAACGAAAAUGGGGAGAUUGACUUUGUUGAUAUGUCAACUUUAUUCGCAAAUAGGAAAAAGGGUCAUUUCAUGAAAGGUGAUGAGGUUAUUGUUAUCAAAGGUGAUCUAAAAAAUUUGAAGGGGUGGGUUGAGAAAGUAGAUGAAGAGAAUGUUCUCAUCAGAUCAGAUACGAAAGGUCUUCAUAAUCCUCUUGCUGUAAACGAGAAAGAGCUUUGCAAGUACUUUGAACCUGGAAAUCAUGUGAAGGUUGUUUGUGGCACCAAUGAAGGAGCAACCGGCAUGGUUGUCAAAGUUGAGCAGCAUGUACUUAGCAUUCUGUCUGAUACGACCAAGCAACAUAUUCGUGUAUUCGCUGAUCACGUUGUGAAGAGUGCAGAAGUGACUAACGGUGUAACAAAAAUGGGAGAGUAUGAACUUCAUGAUCUUGUACUUCUAAGCAACUUGAGCUUUGGAGUUAUCAUAAAACUUGAUAAUGAAGCUAUUCAGAUUCUUAAAGGGGUUCCUGGAAGAACGGAGCUGGUUAUUGUCAAACACGGAGAAAUAAAGUACAAAAUUGAGAAGAGAAUCAAUGCGAAAGAUCGUAACAAAAAUGUCAUCACGGUGAAAGAUGUUGUGAGGGUCAUUGAUGGUCCUAACAAAGGUAAACAAGGUCCAGUGGUGCAAAUCUACAAAGGAGUGUUAUUUUUACAUGACCGGCAUAACGUUGAGAACGCUGGAUUUCUCUGCGCUAAAUGCUCAUCUUGUGUUCUUGUUGGUGGAUCAAAUUCUGCCGCUGAUAGAAUUGUUGACUCUUUCUCAAGGCUAGGCAAUCCCAAGCCACCAGCCCCGGUGCCUCCAUCUCCAAGAAGAUUUCAACGGGCAGACUCAGCUGGAGCUGGAGGAAGGCAUUGGAGUGGAAGAGGAGGAAGGGGUCACGAUCUUUUGGUUGGUGCUUAUGUGAAAGUUCGUAUGGGGCCUUUCAAAGGAUAUAGAGGUCGUAUAUUAGAAGUCAAAGAAAAGACAGUGCGUUUGGAACACGAGGCAAGAAUUGUGACAGGCAAGCUCUCUCCUCUACACACACUACUUGUUGCUAGAGACGCGAUAGCAGAUGUGAAUGAGAAUGUAGCGACACCCUCUCAGUAUAAUAUGGGAAGCCAAACUCCUUUGCAUCCUUCCCGGACUCCACUUCAUCCUUGUAUGACUCCCAUGCGGGAUUCUGGAGCUACACCUAUCCAUAAUGGAAUGAGGACACCUAUGCGUGAUAGAGCUUGGAAUCCUUACACGCCUAUGAGUCCUCCUCGGGAUAGCUGGGAAGAUGGAAACUCAGGAUCAUGGGGAACAAGUUUACUGUAUCAGCCGGCAAGUCCUAUGCGUACAUACGACGCAGCUACGCCUGGAUCAGGAUGGGAUAGUAGCACUCCUGGUCGUAAUUACAGUGAUGCUGGAACACCAAGAGAUGCUAAUGCUCCAAGUCCUUACCAGCCUAUGACACCAAACUCGGCUUCCUACCUACCUAGCACUCCUGGAGGACAACCAAUGACUCCUGGAACUGAUCUAGAUGUUCAGUCUCCGGAUAUAGGUGGGGACGCAGAAACAUGGUUGAUGCCUGGUAUUUUGGUCAAUGUACACAAGGCCGGAGAAAAUAUCAAUGUUGGUGUCAUCCGAGAUGUUCUUCCGGAUGGGUCCUGUGUAGUCGCUCUUGGAGACAGAGGUGAAGGCGAAACAGUUAUGGCGGUACAAAACGAAGUGAGGUUAGUGUGUCCGAGGAAGAACGAACGAGUGAAGAUUGUAGGAGGCAAGCAUCGUGGUUUACUAGCUAAGCUCAUUGGUCUGGAUGGAUCUGACGGUAUAGUUAAGCUAGAUGACACUCUCGACAUCAAGAUUCUAAACCUGGAUUCAUUGGCCAAGCUAGCUCAUGCGUGA